AUGGGCGCCGGCAGCACGCCGUCCUCGAGCUUUCCGUGCAGCGACGAGGAUGUGCUGCUGGAGGCGCUCCGAGGCGUGGAAGGCGAGUCGGAGUUCGCCGUGUAUGAGGACCCGGCGCCCAACCCCGCGCGCCGACCCGCCACACCCCCGCCACGCGCGCCCCUCACGGAGCGGCGGGACCUGAUGGAGGCGGUGUCGCCGCCCGCCUCGCCGUCGCCCGACACCUCGUACCUCGCGGGCAAGGCGUACCAGGCGCUCUCCUUUGGCGAUUGGGGCGCGUACAUGCGCCACAAGCGCGCGAAGCUGCGCGUGCAGGACGCCGAGCUCGCCGCGUCAGCGCCGGCCUCACGCGCCCUCGCGGGCUGCGUCCUGUACGUGAACGGCCGCACAGAUCCACCGUACGCCGAGCUCCGGCGCCUGGUCCUCGCGCACGGCGGGCAGUGCCUGCCCUACCUCGACCGGAAGCGCGACUGCACCCAUAUUGUCGCCAGCACCCUGCCCCCGAAGAAGCGCGCCGAGUUUCGCCACUACCGCGUCGUGCGCCCCGCCUGGGUCCUCGAGAGCUGCCGCCUCGGGCGCCCGGCCGACUGGACGCAGUUCCGCAUCGACGGCAUGGACCAGGGCGCGACGCUCACGGCGCACUGGGCGCCUGCGGCGCCCGCGGCGGACGAGGCAGAGGACUUGGCGGCCCCUCAUGCGCGCGCAGCGCGCCUCCUCGCCUCCGAGGCAUGGCGCGCGUCCCACACGGCCGCGAGCCCGCACUUUCUCCGUGGCUACUACGAGCACAGCCGCCUGCACCACCUGAGCACGUGGAAGGCCAAUCUGCAGGAGCUCGUCGCGCACGCCUCCAGCGAGACGGGCGCCUGUGCGCCGCUGCUCCCCGCGUCCGUGCCUCGCACCCUGAUGCAUGUGGACUUUGACAGCUUCUUUGUGAGCGUGGGCCUGCGGGACCGCCCGGCGCUCCGCGGCCAGCCGGUCGCCGUGUGCCAUGCGACGGGGCCCCCCAGCGCGGUGCCCAGCACGGCGGAAAUCGCCUCGUGCAACUACGUGGCGCGCGCGCAGGGCGUGCGCAACGGCAUGAGCCUCGGGCACGCGCGGCGGUGCUGUGGGGCGCUCCAGACGAUCCCCUACACGAUGGAGGCGUACUACACGACAUCGCUGCAGUUUUAUGCGAUCCUCCUCGGCCUGGCCGACGUGCUCCAGGUCGUGAGCGUGGACGAGGCGCUGAUCGACGUAAGUGCGCUCCUGCACCGCCUCGAGACGGCAUGGGCGGACGACACUCGCGCGCAUCCCACCGGCGCGCUGCACGAGCUCGAGACGCACUUUCGUGCGCGGCGGGCUGGCACGGACGUGCCCGCCGCCGCUCUGGCCGAGGCGAUCCGCACGCUCAUCCGCACGGCGACGCAGUGCGAGGCAAGUAUUGGUGUCGGCGCCAAUGUGCUCCAGGCGCGACUCGCAACGCGGCGCGCAAAGCCCAGCGGCAGCUUUGUGCUGCAGGGCCCAGACGUGCUGCCGCUCCUGCGGGCCCUCGACGUGGGCGACGUGUGGGGCGUCGGGGCCCGGCUCCAGGCACGCUUUGCGGCGUGGCUUGGCACGACGAAUGUCGGCGCGAUCCUAGACACCAGCUCCGAGCAGGCAUUUGUGCAGCAGUGGGGCCCCAAGCACGGCGCGCGCCUGUGGGCCCAGUUCCACGGGCGCGAUACAGAUCAGCUGCGUGGCACGCACGAGCGGCAGAGCGUCGGCACGCACGUCACCUGGGGCGUGCGCCUGUCCAGCGAGGCCGAGCUGCGGACAUUUGUCGACGGGCUCUGUGACGAGGUCGCGCAGCGCCAGGCGCGCCUCGGCGUCGUCGGCACGCACGUCUCGGUGCAGGUGCUGCAGCGCGAUGCAAGCCGCGGCGAGGCGCCCAAGUUCCUGGGGCAUGGCCCGUGCAUCGCGCACAACCGCUCGGUGCGGCAUCGCAUCCCCGACGCGGCUACGCUGCGCCGCUGUGUGUGGACGAUGGUACAGGCGAUCGGCCUAGCACCCGUGGAUGUGCGGGGCAUCUCGAUGAGUGUGUCGAAGUGGGAACGCACGGGAUCGACGCUCGAGGCAUGGUGGGCACGGCGUGCACCCGCGGCGGACGGCGGCGGGGCCAGGCCCGAGCCCGGCGCAGCGCCGGACGCGCCCGUUUUGCCGGCGCCGGACGACGCGUCUGCUCUACGGAAUGCGGAACCGCACGACGCGCCUGCGGUACCUAGGGCGGUGCCGGACGAUGCGCCUGCAGCACCGGACGAUGCGCCUGCAGCACCGGACGAUGCGCCUGCAGCACCGCACGACGCGCCUGCUCUGCCGAGUGCGACACCGGUCCAAGUGCCGCCUGCUUCGCAGCUCGACCCGCAGGUCCUUGCGCAUCUCCCGACGCCGAUGCGCGCGCAGAUCGAAGCGGUGCUGGCGGAGCGCCGGACACCUGCACUCCCGUCGUCGCCCGCGCCAACGACGCCGUCCAAGCGCCGGCGGUCCUCGGCAAGUCCACGCACGCCGCGGCGUGCAUCGUCCACGAGUCCUGGGCGCCAGGCGCGUCUCUCGGCGUACUUUUCGCCGACGCGCCGCGCACAGUCCGACACACUGCGUGCCGCGCAGGCGCGGGGGUGGGACGUGGACGUCUUCUCGGCGCUGCCUCCCGCGCUGCAGGCGGACCUCCUGCAAGAGCCGGCGCCGCGCGAGCCGCGGCCAGCGCGCCGUGCCUCGGCGCCCGCGCGCACG